CAGCAAUGUCCAACAUGCCCGACAAACGCAAACCGUCCAUCUCAGCAUCGGGUGCUUCGCCUUAUGCGAAACGAUCUCGCGCCUCGUACGCCGACGAGGGAGAUGACGACGAGACGCGGCAGACGGUCACGCCGUACGAGCGCCCUCGCAACCAUCCCGUAUAUGGACAGAAAAGCGCCUUUCCCGGGCUCGACACCGGCGGCGACGACGAGCUGUUCUACGGACCGGCGGAAGAUGGAUUGGAAUAUCUGCGAAUGGUCCGCUGUAAUGCCAACCCUGAUGUCAGCGACGACACGACGAAUCAAGCAGACCAACCACACCCUCAAGCUACCGCUACCACUACUGCCGUAACCGCUACCACCGCAACUACGACUACAACCACCACCACCACCACCACAACCUCCCCCCCCCUCCUCCGCGAAGGAAUCUACCAAGACGGCGUCUACUUCGUCCCCACGAACGCGAGCCAAAACCCCACGACCGGCCCGUCAGCUCCCCCCCCAUCUCACCCACAACAACCCGCCGACAUGGAAAUCCUCCCCGCCCAAUCCACCUAUUACACCCUCCUGCACCACCGCUUCCUCCUCCUCCGCUCCAUCCUGAAAUGCACCCCGCCGCCCGACGCCAUCGCCGCGCUGGACCACGACCACCCGAUCUCGCUCCCGCGGCACUCCCGGAAUGCGCGCCGCGAGUGGCGCCGGCUGCUGCUGGCCGUGGACCCGCAGACCGUGCAGCUGGCGUGCAUGGACAUGGAGAGCGUGCUCGGCGUGCUGGGCAUCAUGGCGCGCGUGAUGUCGGAGAACGUGCGCAGCGGGGACGAGGCCAAGGUCCGGCGGAUCGCGGCGUGGGCGUGGGGCCUGCUGGCCCGGUGUCGCGAGGUGGGCCAGUUGGGGACGGAGGAGGUGGGCGAGAUUCGGGAUUUGGGGAAGAGGGCGGUUAGGGUUUUGGGGCGGAUGAGGGAGGUGGAGGUGGAGGAUGGGAGGAAGGGGGCUGGUGGUGGUGGUGAGGAGGAGGAGGAGGAGGAGGAGGAGGAGGAUGUGGAGGAUGUGGAUGUGGAAGGAGAGGCAGAGGCAGAGGCAGAGAGAGAGGGUGCUGGUACAGGCAAUGAGGUUGAAGUUGAUCGGGAGAUGCGGGAUGCUGAUGCACACGCCAAUGCGCAUGCGGAUGCUGACGCUGACGCAAGUGCGCCGCAAGCUGACCUUGAUGAGUUAGAAGCUGCCAAGGCACGGUUACAGGCGAGUCUUGGGGGCGAUGGCGCCGCUGAUGAUGAGGUACAGAACAACGAUGCAGACGGCAACAGCGCUGCGUCGGAGGUGACGUUGCAGAUUCGCGCGAUGUUGGAUAUGGUCAUCACAGUGGUGGGAGAGUACUACGGCCAACGGGACUUGUUGCAGGCGCGCGAGUUCUGGAGGGAAAUCGCCAUUCCGACGACCAGCAUCUCCACCACCUCCCCGCCCUUCACCAUCUACAACAUCACCCUCCGCCUCCCCCUCCGCUCCUUCACCAUCUCCAAACGCUACUCCGACUUCACCACCUUCCACACCACCCUCCUGAACCAAACCAACGCCGCGCCCCCGGCGCCCCUGCCCCCGAAAUCCUGGCUCUCCUCGACCGUCAAGAACGCCACCCUCCGCGAAUCCCGCCGCGAAGGCCUAGAAACCUACCUCCGCGCCAUCAACGAAGCCGACGACCCACGCUGGCGCAACUCGCCCGCCUGGCGCGCAUUCCUCAACCUUCCAAGCCUGGGCCCCAACUCCACAAAUGAUCAUCACAGCAGCAGCACGACGAGCGCGCGGCUGCACGCCGCCAUCACGGACCCCGGCAGCAUCAGCUCCAUCAACGGCGAUGUUCCAAGUAACAACACCAUCACCGACCCGACCCUAUGGCUCGACUGCUUCCGGGACAUGAAGGGCCACCUGCACGACGCGCGGCUGCACCUGACGCGGCGCGACCAGGAGACGACGCCGCAGCGACAGCACGAGAGCUCGGCGCGGGCGAAGAGCAGCCUGGUGCGGGCGGGGUCGCUGAUCGGGGCGCUGGAGGCGGGGCUCAAGAAUUUCGCCUCGUCCUCCACCACCACCACCACCACCAACCCCUCCUCCGGCGAAGCAGCCCCCCGCCUCGGCGAAGCAGCCCCCCGCCUCGGCGACGGGGAAAUCCGCCGCCGCCGGGACCUGCUCAGCAACGCGCGCAAAGAAAAAGACGGGCUGGAGGACUUGUUGAACGCGAUGGCCGCCAAGAGCCGCAUCGAUUCCGCGGUGGCGUCGCUCGCGGACAAGGAGGCGCUGAUGAUGCCCGCGAAGGGAAAGAAGGCGGUGCGGGCGGCGGGCCGCGUGCUGGGCCGCGAGACGGAGCGCACCCGCGAGCUGGAUAAUUCCGGGGUGCUGCAGCUCCAGAAGCAGAUGAUGCAGGAUCAGGAUGGCGCGGUGGAGGAGCUGAUGCGCAUCGUGCAUCGGCAGAAGGAGCUGGGCGUCGCGAUUAAUAAUGAGUUGGUCGUGCAGAAUGAGUUGCUGAAGUUGACGGAUGAGGAUGCCACGAGGUUGGGGGAUAAGAUUGAUAUUGGGAAGAAGAGGAUUGGGAGGAUUUCUUGAGUUGGGUUCGCUCGUUGUAGGAUAGUUGUGUUAUGGUGGGGAUGGGUUGCAGGGCUUUGUCCUUUCCAUCAGGAUCUGGGGCUUUGCUUGUGGAUACCUUUGCAUAUGCAUGGUUUUUAUCUGUCUUGUCAGUUUUAGCGGAUCUUGUUUUUGGUUGUGGUUGUUGUUGUUGUCGUCAUCUUGAUAGCGAUGACUUUCAUCGUCUACUGCACUGUACUAAUCUAGUAAGCACCCAGCGAGCAUGGCAUCCGUGUGACAUGUU